AUGUCUACUGAAUCUGGCUUCUACUCGCUCAAGGCGACGCUGCCUGGUAACAAAACGUAUGACUUUGCGGAGCUGCAAGGAAAGACUAUCCUGAUCGUCAAUACGGCAUCAAAAUGUGGAUUUACCCCCCAAUACACAGGUCUUCAAGGGUUGUAUGACAAGUACAAGGACCGCGACUUUGUCAUCCUUGGUUUCCCAUGCAAUCAGUUUGGUGGGCAGGAGCCUAAAGGCGACGAAGCCAUUGGUGAAUUCUGCUCCAGGAACCACGGUGUCACUUUCCCCCUGAUGAAGAAAUCGGAUGUGAAUGGCGACAAUACCAAUGAGGUGUACAAGUGGCUGAAGAAUGAAAAGGCUGGUCUUUUGGGGCUUACCAGGAUCAAGUGGAACUUUGAAAAAUUCCUCGUCAACAAGGAGGGCAAGGUCGUACAUCGGUGGGCGUCGACGACGACUCCGGAGAGUAUUGAUGCUGAGAUUGCCAAGAUCUUGUAG